UCUUCUCAACUGCCCUCCGCACUCUCCGCAGUCCUCCAGUGAGUCUUCGCUCGUCCAGUUAGCAACUUCGCUCUGUCGCCGUAGGACUCUCUCGAGUCUCUCAGCGCAGGCGAGCAGCGUCUUUCCCGAUCAAAAGGCUUUUUUCGUUCUUCAUCAGAGAAAAAGCACACCGAGCCAACCAUGGCCCAAAUGCAGCACAGCCGCAAGCGCGUCUGCUACUACUACGACAGUGAUAUUGGAAAUUACUAUUAUGGGCAAGGUCAUCCCAUGAAACCACAUCGCAUAAGGAUGACGCAUAAUUUAUUGUUAAAUUAUGGGCUUUAUCGCAAAAUGGAAAUUUACAGACCACACAAAGCUACUGCUGAUGAAAUGACUAAAUUCCACAGCGAUGAAUACAUCAGGUUUUUGAGAUCCAUUAGGCCUGAUAAUAUGACUGAGUACAACAAACAAAUGCAAAGAUUUAACGUUGGAGAGGAUUGUCCAGUCUUUGACGGGUUGUACGAGUUUUGUCAAUUAUCAGCUGGCGGUUCAGUAGCUGCUGCAGUAAAGCUUAACAAGCAAGCAUCCGAGAUUUGCAUCAACUGGGGAGGUGGUCUCCAUCACGCCAAAAAGAGCGAGGCUUCGGGCUUUUGCUACGUCAAUGACAUUGUGCUUGGCAUUCUGGAGCUGCUCAAGUAUCACCAGCGCGUGCUAUACAUCGACAUCGAUGUUCAUCAUGGUGAUGGCGUUGAGGAGGCCUUCUAUACCACGGAUCGCGUUAUGACGGUCUCUUUCCACAAGUAUGGAGAAUACUUUCCUGGGACUGGUGAUCUCAGAGACAUUGGUGCUGGAAAGGGCAAAUAUUAUGCUGUGAAUAUUCCUUUAAGAGACGGAAUGGAUGAUGAAAGUUACGAGUCGAUAUUUGUACCAAUCAUAUCAAAAGUAAUGGAAACUUUCCAGCCAUCGGCCGUUGUACUUCAAUGUGGAGCAGAUUCUCUUACGGGAGAUAGAUUAGGCUGCUUCAAUCUGACGGUUAGGGGUCACGGCAAGUGCGUUGAGUUCGUGAAAAAGUACAACCUGCCCUUCCUGAUGGUGGGAGGAGGUGGUUACACAAUCAGAAACGUCUCUAGAUGCUGGACUUACGAGACUUCUGUCGCUCUUGGCACAGAAAUAGCCAACGAGCUUCCUUACAACGAUUACUUUGAAUACUUUGGUCCAGACUUCAAAUUACACAUAAGCCCUUCCAAUAUGGCCAAUCAAAAUACUCCCGAGUACCUAGAGAAAAUCAAGACGAGGCUGUUCGAGAACCUUAGAAUGCUACCUCAUGCGCCUGGUGUUCAAAUGCAAACUAUUCCAGAGGAUGGUGCAAACAUCGAUGACUCAGAGGCUGAAGAGAAGGUUAAUCCUGAUGAUAGGCUUCCUCAACGUGACGUUGACAAGAGGUUACAGCAUGAAAAUGAGUACAGCGAUAGUGAAGAUGAAGGUGAAGGUGGCAGGAGGGAUAAUCGUUCCUUCAAGGGAUCCAGAAAACGGCCGCGAUUAGAAAAAAAUCAAGAAGGUGGUGAAGGAGAGCUAAAGAAAGAGGAAGAAAUAAAAGCAGAAAAAGAUGAAAAGUCAAACGCUACUAGCGAGGAAGUAAAAAAAGACGGAGCAGCAAAUCCCUGAUUCAGGCAUCCGGAUAACUCCUUCAAGGAAUGGAAUGUAAAAACUAUUAAUUAAGUCAAUUUGGACGGCCAUUUUUGCAUCCACGAAUCAACGUCGAUUGCAAUAAUUUUCAUUUGUAGGGCAUAUAUUUUUCUGGUUGUCGUAGAGUGUAAUAUUCUCCUUUUUUCUAGAAAUUCUAUUUUGGUUAAACUUAGAUUCGUGGUACAGCAUAAUGGCCUUAAAUUAUUUUCUUAUGCAUUAUUUCACGUAUACAGUGAAUUUUCUGCAAAUGUUAUCGUACAUUUUAGAAAUUUGAUAACUUUAAAUUAGAUAGUAAUAUUUUCGUUACUUCUGUGAGAAAGACUGUUCCAUUUCAACUUCCGUUUUGUGGCAUUUCACGCACUACUGGUACACGUGUGUGCAACUGGUCUGAGAGGUUGAAUGUUUAGUCUUCGAAUUAUCCAUAAAACUACUUGUUUCACGAUUUCAUUAUGCAUUGUACAUUGCUAGUUUAUUGUAAGCUUUAAAAACAAAACGGUAAUCAUUACAGUGGCCUUUUGGUUGCUCAAUUUUUUUUUAUUAGCAUUCACACGAACAAAACUUAUUUGCUGGUAUAAAAAUUGAAUCAUCUUUUAUUUCCAAUAAAACGUUCCAUUCAACGGUCGAAUGAAAAGACUUCGUUGUCAUUAUGGAUCCAGUUUUUGACUGAGCCCAUAUUUGGAGAUGUGAUUGGAAUAAUCGAAACUUAUAUAAGCCCAAUACCGAUCAUGAACACAACUAGAACAAUCAAAUCGAGUUUUUUAAACGCAUUUGUUGAUGUAAAAACUAAUAGCUAUACAAAAUGUUUGUUCAAAAUUUGAUACUAAAAAGUAAAAAGUAAUUGUUUGCUUUUUAAAUCAAAGUACAGAUAUAUUAUUAAAUAAAUGAUGACAUUGAUACUCAUUAUUUUUUUACAUCAUUUUGUCCAUUGUAAUUUCAAGGGAUGAAAAAAAGUAACCUAUUAAUCGUAAUAUAGAUAAAACUCGCUUUGACGACAUUCUUAGUUAUUGCAAGGACUUGAUUUUUUUUGCUUCCUAUUUUUGUACAUAUUUUCUACAACUAAUGAAACUACGUGCUCGAAUCGUAAUGAUGCGUUCGGUUCACAUUAUGUAUAAUAAUUUAUUUGUAUUUCGAGAAAAAAAUCCACUAUUGCGAAGCAGACGUUCAACAACUUAAAAUAAUAGUAGUAUGGUGGUAAUAAAACGUCUGUUUAACUUGACUUGCAUUAAAAAGAAAGACGAUUUUUUUUUAAGUCAUCGCUGUUUGUCAGCUAGUCCGAUUUAGAUGUGUACAAGAUUUCUGUCUUGAAAUCUUUUUUCAGACCGUCUGAAGUACUCGAGUAAAAUUAUUCGCAAUUUGGAAAUCAGUCGGACGGAUGUGAGGAAAUUAUUAACAAUGGUUCUAACUUCUUGUGCUAUAUUUAUCUUUUGUUACAUUUAUGCUAAGAUUUUGCAAAUAAACCAUACAAAUGAUGUAUUAUAGCUUUGUAAUCAAUUGUGUUACUUUUUAUAUGUACAAACAUAAAGAUCUCAAUUUCUACAUAAUACUAUAAAUGAUUUUUAGUGUAAAUGUAAUAGACGAAAAACAUGGGAUGUGUAUGUGUGUGCGAUCGCUAAAUCGGAUUAGACGUAUGUACGUGAAUCGUGACUACAAAGGUGGGAUCUGGAAAAGAAUUAAACUGAUUUUAAAAUCUAAACUUAGCAUCAUGUAAGUUUUUUCCUAAACAUGUUGCGUCGUGUUUCUUAUAUUAAUGUUUGUUUUUAGAGAUAAGGAUUGUAAUAUUUAUGUCUAAAUAUUUAUAGGAUAUUCAAAUGUUUUUAAUAUUUAUAAUAAAAA